AUGGCUUCCCCAAGUUUCGUGCCAGCGCUUGUCAUAGUGGACCUUCAAGAGGAUUUCUGUCCACCACAUGGCUCCCUCGCAGUGACAGAAGGCCGCGACAUCGCCGGACCCGUCAACGAGCUCCUCGCCCAGCCCAGCUUCGCGAUCCGCAUCGCCACGCAGGACUGGCACCCUGAGAACCACAUCUCCUUCGCGACGAACCACCCAGGCAAGAAGCCCUUCACUGACACCGCGACGGUAAUCAACCCGCACAAUCCCGUCGAGAAGUACGAGACCCGCCUCUGGCCGGUGCACUGCAUCCAGGGAUCCAAGGGCGCGGAGCUGGUCCCUGAGCUCGACACUUCCAAGGUAGAUAAGGUGAUCAGGAAGGGCCAGGACGCGAGGGUGGAGAUGUACAGCGCGUUCUACGAUCCCUUCAAGAGCCCUCGUGUCAGCGACUCCGGGCUGGUGGGGAUCCUGAAGGAGAAGGGCGUCACGCAUGUGUAUGUGGUGGGGCUUGCGUAUGACUACUGCGUCAAGUCCACGGCUGUGGAUGCUGCGAGGGAGGGGUUCACGACGUAUGUUGUGGAGGAGGCCACCAGGGCUGUGGCGGACGCGGAUGGCUGGGCAAAGUGUACACGAGAGCUGGAGAAGGGAGGCGUCAAGGUUGUGCGAAUGCACGACGAGGUGGUAAAGAAGCUGAAGUCGCUCAAGUGAAGAUGAAAAAAUUGGCUGAUCAUGAUGGUGACUAAUCCUCUCGAGUGAUUCGGCAGAUAUUGAUUGCAGUCCUAUUGGAACUUGUGUUGAUGAACUGGUGUGGAGACCAUGGUGCUGUUUCUCGAUAAAUCUCGACUUGUUGGAUUCGUUCUUUAGGCGUGAUCGCAGCUCUGACACACUUUCUUAUCAAUUAUUGAGGCCUGUGGUAAUUGCUAGCUCAGCGUCUACUUAGCCAUAAUGCCAGGGCCGCCACGAGUGCUCUUGAAACUUC